UGUUUUAUCUGGUGCAUAGUCUGCUCUCUGGAGUCGAGAGAGCAAUAAUAUCUGGGAAAGUACUAGGCUUUCUCAUACUGUUCCCAUAAUUUUGACACACUUCAAGCAUCGUUGGAGGCAAACUCACUACCUGGUUUCAGAAACGUCAUCUUGGAAAGGUGUCCAAAGCCAUGGUCUGCAUCCCAGGUCUCUUGUUGGUCUGGAUUUCCCUUCUUGUUCCUCUUCAUGGUUAUCCCCAGCCAAAAAUGUCCGGCUCAUCGGAAGAUACCAGAAACUGUACAGCAACUCCUCCGUAUUUGCCCCCAACAGCGAUCGAGACAAGCGAGCGGCUGCGCGUCCUGCGGCAUCACAUGCAGAGCCACAACCUCUCGGCCUACAUCAUCCCUGCCACUGAUGCUCACAUGAGCGAAUAUAUUGCAGAACGCGACAAGAGGCUCGCAUGGAUGACAGGCUUCACGGGGUCCUCAGGGACCGGGGUGGUCACUUUGCAGAAGGCGGCCCUCUUCACAGACAGCCGUUACUGGAUCCAAGCUGAGCGCCAGAUGGACUGCAACUGGGAAUUGCAGAAAUCAGUUUGGAUUUCCUCAAUUGGGCAGUGGAUGUUGAAGGAAGUUCCUGCUGGGGGGAAAAUUGGACUGGACCCUUACCUCUUUUCCAUUGAUGAUUGGGACAGCUACCUCCAAGCCCUGGAGGGCUCAGAUCGGACCCUCGUUGCCAUAGAUGACAAUCUAGUGGACCCUGUCUGGGGGUCACAGAGGCCCCCUCCACCCACCAACAUCAUCUACCAGCUCCCAGACGACUUCAUUGGGAGUACCUGGCAGGAGAAGGUGUCUCAUAUCCGGACACAGAUGGAGAAUCACAAUAGGAAGCCCACUGCGGUCCUGCUCUCCGGUCUUGAGGAAACGGCUUGGCUCUUCAAUCUCCGAGGAGAUGACAUCCCUUACACACCCGUCUUCUACGCUUACACGCUUCUCACCAAGACGAAUAUCAGCCUGUUUGUGAAUCGGAGUCGGCUAAGUGGGGAUGCAUCCCAGGCAUUGGUUGCUGGGUGCCCAGGGCUUCUCUGUGUGACGGUAGAAGACUAUGAGGCUAUGAGUGAGAGCCUGAGGAAGUAUGUUCAGCAGGACGGCGUUCACGUCUGGAUCAGGACCGAGUACACCACUUUGGCUCUCUACAGAGAAAUCCCUCCGGAAAAGCGCCUUGAAGAGAAUUAUUCUCCUGUCAUGAUCGCCAAGGCAAGCAAGAACUCCAAGGAGCAGGAACUGAUGCGGGCUGCCCACGUUCGAGAUGCUGUUGCAGUAAUCCGGUACUUGGUCUGGCUGGAGAAGACCGUUCCCUCUGGCUCCGUGGACGAAAUCUCUGGCGCAAAUUUUGUGGACCAGUUACGAAGGGAAGAACUCUUCUGCCAAGGGCCGAGUUUUGAAACUAUCUCCGCCAGUGGUUUGAAUGCAGCUUUGGCUCAUUACAGCCCAUCCAACACAACCAGCCGAAAGCUGACUGUGGAUGAAAUGUACUUGUUGGACUCUGGAGGCCAAUAUUUAGAUGGAACCACAGACAUAACCCGAACUGUCCAGUGGGGGGAGCCCACAGCUUUGCAGAAGGAAGCUUAUACACGGGUGCUAAUGGGAAACAUUGACCUGUCAAGGCUCGUCUUCCCACCCAAGACAUCAGGCAGAAUGGUGGAGGUCCUGGCACGCCGGCCCCUCUGGGAAGUUGGACUCAAUUACGGUCACGGCACUGGUCACGGCAUCGGCAAUUUCCUAUCUGUUCACGAAUGGCCGGUGGGCUUCCAGUCCAGCAACGUGGCUUUAGACAAGGGAAUGUUCACCUCCAUAGAGCCUGGUUAUUAUCUGGACGGUGAAUUUGGGAUCCGGCUUGAGGAUGUUGCACUCGUGGUAGAAGCGCAGACCAAGUAUCCGGUGCACGGGGAGCCUUACCUGACAUUUGAGGUGGUGUCAUUGGUGCCCUAUGCGCGGAAUCUCAUUGACAUCAACCUCCUGUCUCAAGAGCAGAUUCAGUACAUCAACAGUUAUUACGAGUCCAUCCGCAAGCAUAUUGGCCCCGAACUCCAGAGGCGUCACCUGGAUGAGGAAUACCAAUGGCUGCAGCGAAACACACAGCCGCUUUCCCGCUCCUCCCUGCUGGCAGCCUCCCUGGGCACCUUGGCUAUGGGCACCGUAACCGCCACCCUUUUGCCUGGGGUGUAGGACUAUGCAGGGACCACUUUGAUAUUUCCACCCCUACACUGACCGAUAUAUUUUUCUUUCUGGUGCAUUUCAAGACAUCUCCAGCCUCUGUGCAUCGUUUGCAACCAACCUAUUCCCCAAUGGGUUUGAGAUCCAACCAUACCCAUAUCUCCAGAUCCAGCUCAAAACAUUUUGCUGCUCAAAGAGUGCCUUUCACUUCCCAAAUUCUAGCUGCCUGGUGUCUGAGGACGAUCCAGAGGUAUUUGAAGGACUGAGGAGCAGUAAGAUACAAGAGAAACAGGAGCCCAUGCACAUAAUGGGUCAAUAAGCCAGGAUUCUUGACUUGAAAUGAAGUAAAACCUCAGCCAGCUAUUUCCACUUCUUAUGUAUCACUGUUCUGUCGUGUGCUGGACCUGUAAGUAUUGUGUUUUGAAUAGGACGAGCACUUUGUGCCCAACGGGAAGCCAGGGCGCCUCGAAAGAGAGGCCCUCAAGGAUUUUCCUGUACAAUAGUCUUUAAAAGGCUUGAAAGGUUUAACAAAGUCCUUUAUUAUUGAACAAAUUAAACAAAUACUUCCCAGA